GUGACCGAUCCCUCGCCAAGCUGGAGCAUAUUGAAGCUCUGCUGCACUGAGGUACAGAAAAUUGGCACAAACUCCCACGCCAACCGAUCACGGCACCGUACUUCAAGCACUCAGCGGUCAGCCGGCACGCACUUUUCGCGCCAACCACACCUCAACGCACCGAGCACCGAGCUGCUGCAAGAUGGCAUCGGGCCCUCGGCGGCACACCCCAUCUUCGGACUCGGACAGGCUUUGGCCGGUGGACAAACAGCCCAAUGCCGCUUCCAGAGGCGGUGAUGAUUCAUCACCUCGCGAUGUUGCCUCGAUGAAGGCGGAAAUCGCCGAGCUGCAGGCGGGGACCACAGCUUCGUUGGACCGAGCAAUAGCGGCGGCUGAAGCAACCGCGAGCGUGGGAGCACGGACGCAAGUAACCCUCAAGGAACAGCGGGAGCAGAUGGGCGAGAUCGACGCCGAAGCGAGAGCCAUAGACGGCACCUUAAAGCGAACAGGGCACAACCUCAAGUACGGCCUCACGUGGCGCGGGGCCCUUACAGCGCCGUUUCGCCGAAAGAAGCCCCCGGCACAGCAGGCAGGCGGCGGCGGAAUCACCGGCGGGGACAUUUCCCCGGUGUUCAAGGACGACUUCAGACAAUCGACACCACCAGGAGGAGCUCCUGCCCACGGUGGCAGCACUUCUUCCACCCCUAGCCCUAAGAAAGGAGGGCGCUUGAAAUUCGGCUCCCCGCGGAAAAAGGCAGGCGCGGCACGCGCGGAAGAAAUAGGAACCAAGGCGGCGUCGAAGCUUCCCGAGAACGUUCCCGAAGGAUUCGAGACCCAGCUGGACACGCUCGAUAGCUUGUUGGACGGCCUGACUGUACAGGCCAAGGAAAUCGGUGCGGAGCUGAAGCAACAGAACGAGGGGAUUGAGGUGCUGGGGGAGCGUGUGGAGCCGCUUCGGCAGGAAACGGCGUUCCAGGCGAAACAGAUCAAGCGACGGUUUGGGGUAAAAUAG